AUGGCCUAUAUAUCUGGUUUUGCUGGUAAUUAUAUUUGUGACUGGUUUUUCUGGACUCUAAAUUGGUUGAAUGACUUUGCUUUGCCUAAUUUUGUUAUGUUGGCGAAUGAGGUAUCUACCCAUUCCAAUGCUGUUGCAGGCCAUCCAACACGCUGGUCUAAACCUGCGUUGGGAAGGAUUAAGCUAAAUUCUGAUGCAACAAUAUGCCAAGGGUCUAACGUCAUGGGACUAGCCUGGGUACUGCGCGACGACGAGGGGAAGUUUCUAGCUGCCAAGAACACAGUAGUACCUGGGAAUUACUUGGUGAAGGAGGCUGAAGCUUUGUCUAUUCGAGAGGCCCUGAGUUGGUUAAUAAGUACAGACAUGGGGAGUGUGGAUGUAGAAAUUGACUCACAAGUCGUGUUUAAUGCUCUCUGUUCUUCAUCUUUUAGUUUUGCGUUUGGUCUUUUGAUAAAUGAUGUAAGAGAUUUAGCAUUCGCAAUUGGGGAUGUUGAAUUUCAUUUUGUUGCGCGAUCUGCGAACUGUGUUGCCCAUGCCGUUGCACGGGAGGCCUUUUCGGUGUAA